CAGCUUAGACGGUGCUACAUUGCGUGCUCUUGUAAGGUAGACAGCCGGAAGCAUAGCAUUGAGUGACGUCACCAUAUUGCUCCGGAGCACUUAAAAAGAAACAAAGAGCGAUGCUGUAUUUGGAGGUGCUUGAUUUUGUGUUCCAGGUUGCUGUGCAGUCCUACUGGGCAGACUGAGGGAUUAUGGCUCCCAGAGACAUAAUGACCAACUCUCAUGCCAAAUCCAUCCUGAAUGCAAUGAACUCACUCAGGAAAAGCAACACACUCUGUGAUGUAACGCUGAAAGUGGAAGGCAAGGAUUUUCCUGUGCAUCGCAUUGUACUGGCUGCAUGCAGUGAUUACUUCUGUGCUAUGUUCACUAGUGAGCUUUCAGAGAAGGGAAAGCCAUACGUUGAUAUCCAAGGUUUGACAGCCUCUACCAUGGAGAUCCUUCUGGAUUUUGUGUACACAGAGACUGUUCAUGUGACUGUAGAGAAUGUCCAAGAGUUGCUGCCGGCUGCUUGUUUGUUACAGCUUAAAGGUGUCAAACAAGCGUGUUGCGAGUUUCUGGAGAGUCAGCUUGACCCAUCCAACUGCCUUGGAAUUCGGGAUUUUGCAGAAGCUCACAAUUGUGUGGACCUCAUGCAAGCUGCAGAGCUUUUCAGCCAGAAAAAUUUUCCUGAAGUAGUUCGACAUGAAGAGUUCAUUCUUCUCAGUAAAGAGGAAGUGGAGAAACUCAUUAAAUGUGAUGAAAUUCAGGUGGAUUCAGAAGAACCAGUGUUUGAAGCUGUCAUAAACUGGGUCAAGCAUGCUAAGAAGUCCCGAGAACCUCAUCUGCCAGAUCUGCUGCAGUAUGUCCGCAUGCCAUUGCUGACCCCAAGAUACAUAACAGAUGUGAUAGACACUGAGCCAUUGAUCCGAUGUAGUUUGCAGUGUAGAGAUCUUGUGGAUGAAGCAAAGAAGUUUCAUUUGCGACCAGAGCUUCGGAGCCAGAUGCAAGGUCCCAGGACACGGGCUCGAUUAGGUGCAAAUGAAGUAUUAUUGGUAAUUGGUGGGUUUGGAAGUCAGCAGUCUCCUAUUGAUGUGGUGGAGAAGUUUGACCCAAAGACUCAGGAGUGGAGUUUUCUGCCAAGUAUCACUAGGAAGAGGCGAUAUGUUGCUACAGUAUCCCUUCAUGAUCGGAUCUAUGUGAUUGGUGGCUAUGAUGGACGGUCCCGCCUCAGUUCCGUCGAAUGUUUGGAUUAUACAGCAGAUGAAGAUGGGGUGUGGUACACUGUUGCUCCAAUGAAUGUUCGGCGAGGCCUAGCUGGUGCAACUACCCUUGGAGAUAUGAUCUAUGUUGCUGGGGGCUUUGAUGGGAGCAGGCGUCAUACCAGUAUGGAAAGAUAUGAUCCAAAUAUCGAUCAGUGGAGUAUGCUUGGAGACAUGCAGACAGCAAGAGAAGGGGCGGGACUUGUUGUGGCUAAUGGUGUGAUCUAUUGCCUUGGUGGAUAUGAUGGUCUUAACAUUCUCAGCUCUGUGGAGAGGUAUGAUCCACACACAGGACACUGGACUAAUGUCACUCCAAUGGCUACUAAACGCUCAGGAGCAGGAGUUGCUUUAUUAAAUGAUCAUAUCUAUGUUGUUGGCGGCUUUGAUGGAACAUCCCACCUGUCCUCUGUAGAAGCAUACAAUAUCCGUACAGAUUCCUGGACGAAUGUAACUAGUAUGACAACCCCCAGGUGUUAUGUUGGUGCUACUGUGCUUCGUGGGAGGUUGUAUGCCAUAGCAGGGUACGAUGGUAACUCCCUUCUGAGCAGUAUCGAAUGCUAUGACCCCAUUAUUGAUAGUUGGGAAGUGGUAACAUCAAUGGGAACCCAGCGCUGUGAUGCUGGGGUGUGUGUCCUCCGGGAAAAAUGACAAAUAUAAAGACUGCUAGAACUGAAUUAUUGUCAGUAACUUGAACAAGAAAAGCCAAAAUCUGUGAAUUUGGCCUGUAACAGAUCGUAUAAUUCCAGUCACUUCCUUUGAAAAGUGCAAUAUAGAUUACCUCUCAUACUGUGCUGUAGCAGUUUGUACAGACAUUUUGAAAACAAAAAAAAAUUUCCUUGAAAACCAGGUUGGUAUUUCUGCAGAAUGACUGUAGCAUGUGGCUGAGGUCCCUGCUGAAAUGGAGGACAGACAGGUUUUUUAGAAGCUGAACUGCAUUACCACCAAAGUGGCUGAUCUUAAAGUGGACUUGUUCACUGAUGUGGUGUGCAUAGUUUGAGGAAGUGAAACUGCCAGAUCUCCAUUCUAGCUGAUCGUAGUAUUGAAGGAAACUAACUCAGGAUUAUAUUCUGCGUUUAAGCCAGCCUAGUGUGCUGAAGAGUAUGGAACAUCUGAAAAUGGACACAAAUGUUUUAGAUUUUGAAGAGUAUAUAACUCUUUUUGAGUUUCUAGUGUCUUGUGAAGUGUUUUAUGAAAAUCACUGUGUGACACUGGUUUGUACUGAGUAUUGUAUAUUUUCUGUGCCUGAAUCUUUUGAACCAGUUAUGCUUUACCCGUGUAAGAAUGUAAAGGAUUUAUGCAUGAACUGCACUGUGUAGUCCUGGGUAGACUGAAGAUACAGCAGUAAGCUGUGGUUAUUCUAAGACCAUUUAUUGUUUCAUAGUUGAAACAUGCAGUAAUGUGAGUCAUCAUAGCAAAGCGUAUUUAAAAAUGUAUAUAGUUUGUGGAAAUAGCAACAUUUCUGACUGGUACGCCACAGAACAAUACUUAAAUGUUACUUGAAGUAAAGAUUUUACUUUUGCUUGGA